CCAAGUGUAUUCCACUCCACUCCCUGUGAACAAUGACAUGUCGUCUGGUUUGCUGCGUGCUGGCUUGCACUCUAAUUUCGGUCCAUGUAUAUGGUCAGGAACAGGAUAAAAUUGUGCUUUCCCUACCGGCUCUAAGUGGUCAGCCGGGCCAAAAUCACACGUUCUAUGUGUCGCAGCUGGCCAAGAUAGUGCUGCCUUCGCCGCAGGAGACUCGCGUUGUUGGCGGCCAAGUGACCACGAAUACCAAGUUGGGAGGAUACCUAACAGCACUGUUCUAUGAAAACGAAUUUGUUUGUGGUGGCACACUGCUCAAGGAUAACAUCGUCCUGACGGCGGCUCACUGCUUUCUGGGUCGAAUGCAGGCAAGCGAGUGGAUUGUGGCUGGCGGCAUGUCGACUCUCAAUCAAAAAGGUAUACGCCGGCAUGUUAAGGACUUUAUCUUGUCCGAACAGUUUCGCGAGGACGACAUGAAUAUGGAUGUGGCGGUGAUACUGCUGAAAACUCCCCUGACGGGCAAGAACAUCGGCAAACUGAGCUUGUGCUCGGUGGGCCUUAAGCCGGGCGUGGAACUGGUGGUCUCCGGUUGGGGCAUGACCAAUGCCCGGGGACGUGGACCCCAAUCCCUGCUGCGUACGGUGACAGUGCCCAUUAUUCACAGAAAGAACUGUCGCGCUGCCUACCAGCCCAUGGCGAAAAUAACAGAUAGUAUGAUAUGUGCUGCAGUGCUGGGAAAUAAGGAUGCGUGCACCUUUGACUCGGGUGGACCGAUGGUGUUCAAAAAGCAGGUUUGUGGUAUAGUGUCCUUUGGCAUUGGAUGUGCUAGCAAACGUUAUCCUGGCGUCUACACCGAUGUUCUGUACGUGAAGCCUUUCAUCGAGAAAAGCAUUAAGGCGUUGCUAGCCAGGCGAUGAAUAAACGCUUUCUUCAAUCAGAAAUACUUUGAAAAAUA